GCAGCACCGCGACGCCGAGGAGGCUCUGGACAGCUUCGAGAACGUUGACGGGGGCGGCGACGGCGCCGGGGGGGGCGGGGGGGACUCCAAGCGGCUGGGCGUGGACGGGGUGGAGGGCCACGCGGCGCCCGGCUGGUGGCGCCGCUACCGGCCCCGGAUCUGGGCCCUGUUCGAGGAGCCUUACUCCUCCAAGCACGCCAGGUACGUGGCUCUGGCCUCGCUCUUCUUCAUCCUCAUGUCCAUCACGUCCUUCUGCCUCGAGACUCACCGCUACUUCAACAUCGAGCAGAACCGCACCGAGUGGGUGGCCCGCGGCAACGUCUCGGUGCCCCUGGUGUUCACCGAGCUCGUCACCGACCCGUCGCUGAUGUACGUCGAGGGCCUCUGCGUCAUGUGGUUCACCUUCGAGUUCCUCGUGCGCAUCUGUUUCUGCCCGAACAAGCGCGAGUUCAUCAAGUGCUCGCUCAACAUCAUCGACUUCGUCGCCAUCCUGCCCUUCUACCUCGAGGUGGGCCUCAGCGGCCUCUCGUCCAAGGCGGCCAAGGACGUCCUCGGCUUCCUGCGCGUCGUCCGUUUCGUCCGCAUCCUGCGCAUCUUCAAGCUGACGCGUCACGUCGUGGGCCUGCGAGUGCUGGGCCACACGCUCCGCGCGAGCACCAACGAGUUCCUGCUGCUCAUCACCUUCCUGGCCCUCGGCGUGCUCAUCUUCGCCACGAUGAUCUACUACGCCGAGAAGAUGGGGACCGACCCCGAGCACAUGGACGAGAACCACUUCCAGAACAUCCCCAUCGGCUUCUGGUGGGCCGUCGUCACCAUGACCACGCUCGGCUACGGCGACAUGUUCCCGCAGACGUGGUCAGGGCGGCUCGUCGGCGCCCUCUGCGCCAUCGCCGGGGUGCUCACCAUCGCCAUGCCGGUGCCCGUCAUCGUCAACAACUUCGGCAUGUACUACUCGCUCGCCAUGGCCAAGCAGAAGCUGCCGAGCAAGAAGAACAAGUUCGUGCCGCGCUCGGCGCAGCCCGGCGCCUCGGGGGACAACAAGAGCGACGUCAACUCGCCCCGCGCCAGCAUCACCAGCGACACGUGCCCCCUCGCGGAGGACGAGACGCGAAGCACGGCCUGUAAGAGGAAUGGGGAUGGCGACACGGUCCUAUCAGAUGAAGAGUCCGCCCUGGCCCAGCCUCUGUCCCCGAGCGAGGCCGUCGUGUGCACGGGGCCGCGGCGACCGGGCCACGGCCUCGGUUUGGGGCACGGGCGGGAGACGACGCGGCGCAGCAACGCGGCCGCCGCAGCCGCCGCCGCUUGCUUCCUGCUGUCCACCUCCGACUACGACAGCGGCAGUGCACGCAAGGGCUACGAGAAGUCGCGGAGCCUGAACAACAUCGCGGGCUGCUCCUCAUCUCGACUCUCGCCGGUCUCUUCCCCCUUCUCCUCGCCGUGCCCCCUGCGCCGCUCCCGCUCCCCCAUCCCGGCCAUCCUGUGAGCCGCCAACGGGGAGGACGCGAGGGGGCCUGGGGGAGAGUACACGGACACCCCCCCCCCCCCCCCCCCCCUGGGAGAGAGUACACACACACACAACACGGGGUAGAGAGUACACGGGACUCCCUGGUAGAGAGUACACACACACACAGCACGGGGUAGAGAGUACACGGGACUCCCUGGUAGAGAGUACACACACAUACAGCACGGGGUAGAGAGUACACGGACUCCCUGGGAGAGAGUACACACACACAACACGGGGUAGAGAGUACACGGGACUCCCUGGUAGAGAGUACACACACAGCACGGGGUAGAGAGUACACGGACUCCCUGGUAGAGAGUACACACACACAGCACGGGGUAGAGAGUACAUGGAUUCCCUGGUAGAGAGUACACACACAGCAUGGGGUAGAGAGUACACGGACUCCCUGGUAGAGAGUACACACACACAACACGGGGUAGAGAGUACACACACAGCACGGGGUAGAGAGUACACACACAACACGGGGCAGAGAGUACACACCCCCCCUGAUAGAGAGUACACACACACACAACACGGGGUAGAGAGUACACGGACUACCUGGGAGAGAGUACACACACACAACACGGGGUAGAGAGUACACGGACUCCCUGGGAGAGAGUACACACACACAACACGGGGUAGAGAGUACAUGGACUCCCUGGUAGAGAGUACACACACACAACACGGGGUAGAGAGUACACGGACUCCCUGGUAGAGAGUACACACACACACACAACACGGGGUAGAGAGUACACACCCCCCUGGUAGAGAGUACACACACACACAACACGGGGUAGAGAGUACACGGACUCCCUGGGAGAGAGUACACACACACAACACGGGGUAGAGAGUACACACCCCCCUGGUAGAGAGUACACACACAACACGGGGUAGAGAGUACACACACAACACGGGGUAGAGAGUACACACACAACACGGGGUAGAGAGUACACACACAAACAACACAGGGUAGAGAGUACACGGACUCCCUGGGAGAGAGUACACAUACACAACACGGGGUAGAGAGUACACACCUCCCCUGAUAGAGAGUACACACACAACACGGGGUAGAGAGUACACACACAACACGGGGUAGAGAGUACACACACACACAACACGGGGUAGAGAGUACACACCCCCCUGGUAGAGAGUACACACACACACAACACGGGGUAGAGAGUACACACCCCCCUGGUAGAGAGUACACACACACAACACGGGGUAGAGAGUACACACCCCCCCUGGUAGAGAGUACACACACACACACAACACGGGGUAGAGAGUACACACCCCCUGGUAGAGAAUACACACACACACACACCACGGGGUAGAGAGUACACACCCUCCUGGUAGAGAGUACACACACACACAGCACGGGGUAGAGAGUACACACCCCCCUGGUAGAGAGUACACACACACACAACACGGGGUAGAGAGUACACACCCCCCCCCCUGGUAGAGAGUACACACACACACACACAACACGGGGUAGAGAGUACACACCCCCUGG